CUCCGCCGGCCGCCGAUGAGUCAUCGGGGGACGGAGCGUUCUUUAUAUAAGGAGCGUCGGGGCCGCUGCGCUUCUCAGUGCUGCUGCAGCUGGAGUUGCGAGAGAGUUGCGCGCAGGCGGAAGAGCCGCGCUCCGGUCACAGUCGCGUCGCCAGCCGCUCAGGCAGCCGCCACAGCCCCGCUCCAGCUCGCCCGCCCGCCCCGAGCCGUCGCCAUGAGCUCCAUCCUGGACCUCUCCACCCUCUACGAGAAUCUCUACAACCUGUCUCUGAGCGAAGACCACGAAGAGUCUCUCCCCCGCCUCUCCCGGCGCCAUUCCACCUCCUCGUCGGACUACAGCAGUGGGGACCCCUCCCCAGUGUGGCCCCUGCGCAGCCUCUGGAGCCCGACGGCCGAGCAGCUCCGGCCGCUGGGCGAACCGGGGCAGCGCCCCCCGCUGCGGCCCGACCGCUCGGUCAGCCUCAUUGAGGGGAGGGCGCUCCCGCCCCCGCCUCCGGGCUUCCCUCCGCUCAAGCUGCCGCCGCAGGCCCCGGGCGUGCCGUCCCGCUACAAGACGGAGCUCUGCCGCACCUUCAGCGAGACGGGCAAGUGCCGCUACGGGGCCAAGUGCCAGUUCGCCCACGGCACCGCCGAGCUGCGGACAGUGAGCCGCCACCCCAAGUACAAGACGGAGCUGUGCCACAAGUUCUACCUCCACGGGGACUGCCCCUACGGCUCGCGCUGCCACUUCAUCCACGCCCCCGGAGAGGCCCAGAGCCGCUCUGCGUCCACCGGCUCCUCGCCUCAGCUCUUGCGCCAGAGCGUCAGCUACUCCGGGGUGCCGGCCGGCCGCCGGGCGUCUCCCUUGCUCAGCGUCGCCGACCCCGCCUCCUUUGCCCGGGCUCCCUCGGUCUCGCCGCCGCCGGCCUCCACCGACCUCUUCUCUCCGAGCUUCGGCCAGCUGGCCUCGGACCCCGUCUCUCGCGUCUCCACCUUGGGGGAGCCCCUCGCCUCCUCCGCCCCUGAAGGAUGCUGCUCGUGCCGUUGUGGGAAGUCCGCCAGCCUCGGCAGCCCUUCCCAGGCCUCGCGGGAUUACUUCCCCAGCUUCUCCGCCACCCCUGGGACCCCCACCUCCUCCACAGCCUCCCACCUGCCCCGAACCGCCUCCAGCAACUCCCUCUCCGACCCGGAGUGCUACAGCAGCUCCAGCAGCCUGAGUGGGUCCUACUCGCCCGUCUUUGAUCUGCAGACCCCCGGCGGGCCCGUGGGGAGCUCUCACCGACUGCCCAUCUUCAACCGCUUCUCUGUCUCCGAAUCUGUAGGGUGGAAGGGUGGUGCUGACCAAAGUCUCCGGCAGCAGAGGCAGCAGCUGGACAAAGGCUGCUGCUUGUUGCCUGUGCUGACUUGGCUGCUUCUGUCUGUGCAGGCCCAGCAAGAGGCAGCACCCAGCAGCGACUGGGCAAGCCCCGACACGGGCAGUGUUGGGCUCUCAGAGGCCACAGAGAAGUCUCUUCCCUCCCGCCCCCACAACGCGAAAUCCCCUCCUCGCCCCUUCCACCACCUGCCUCCAUGCAUGGCCUGCAUGUGUGCUGCUUUGUCCUGUCAGAACAGUGAAUUUGCACAGGCCGGCCUGCAUUUCUUCCGGCGGCAAAUAAGCAACGCUGUGCCGCAUCAUCGGGCCCAAGUGGAGGCCAGGCUCUUCGGCCAGGACAGGGCGGCAGGGUGUCCUCUUCGGCCCGCCCGCCAAGCCCCGCCCCUGCUGGACCAAGCUCCCCCCGCCCCCCGAGCUUUCACGGCGCUCCAGACUCCCGAGCCCAGGCAGGCAGCCCUGCGAACAGGUGCAGUUCCCAGGGCUCCCAACCAGCCACAGCUGGGCAGGGGGAGGCCCCCUCACUCCACCGCCCCCACCCCUUUCCCGGGCCUAGACCGGCAAUCGAGUAACAAGAGAAGCGCCUCCUGCGCCCCCCCACCACCGCCGUCCCUGGGAAUUUCCCUUCCGUUGCCUUUCCGGCUGGGGAAUUUCGCAUCCAGUUGGAGCCAAGGGGGGUUGUCGCGCCGCCUCCUUUUGUCGCUCGUGGACUUGUCAGCUCACCAGCAGCAGCAGCAGCGGGGGCCAGCUUCUAACCAGAGGGGCCCCAGGGGAACUAGAGCUCUUGGCAGGAAAAACGCAGUGGGGAGAAUCAUCGGGAGCACGCCCAAGCCAGGCCCGGGUGAAGCGGCAGCUGCCAAGAGCAGCCUCGGAGUCCAGCGUGUGCUGAAGGAAGGGAGGAGGCUAGGCCAAGGCUGGCUGCAGCCCCGAUGCAGGGGAGGUGGGGCAGGAAGAGCCAGCCCAGCCGGUCUUGCGUCAGCGCUGCAGCCGCCUCCCAGCCGCCUGCGGAAUGUGACUGGGGUCAAGAGCAGCGGAGGGAAGAGCAGCUCGCUCGCUCUCUCGCAGGAGGGGCCCCAGAACAGCUGGGCAGAGGAGGCCUUGGGGCCAUCAGGCUUUCAGAGCCAGGAAAAGCAGAUCUGGAUGGAUGUACCUCAGCCCGUCUCCUUGGAUACAGGCCCUUGUUGCCGAGGAAAUAUUAGCAGCAAAGGGAGGAAGUCCUUGUGGUCUGCUGCUGCUGCUGCUGCCGCCUUUGAGGAGGGGGUCGGAGGCUCCUCCGGUGUGUGCUGGCAUUCAGCACCCAGCAUGGAAAUUUCCAUCAUCCAAGUUGGCGAUGACUUGGAGGAGCGGCCAGGGAGCGGGGCUGUGAGAUUCCAGCCUCAUUUUGUCCCUGCUGCUGUCUAUUUCCCUGGCAACCAGAGUAUUGACCGGCAGCAUAUGGCCGCCUACGGGGCAUUUCUGGGCCUGGAUGUGCGUGACCCUGGCCGCACGGAAGCAAGGAGCCCCCCGGCAUUCCAGCGCACCUGCUCGGCCUGCCCCAUGGCCCUCUCCGUCUCCGGCGCCUGUGACGCUGGGCGCCGGGAUGCUGCCGCUGCCCCCCAGACCACGGCGGGCCCUGGGUGGCCCCUCCCGGGGGGGCCGUGGCAGCGGCGCCCCGAGUUGCCCCCCACCAGCCUGCAGCACAUCCCCUUCCGGGCGGACCGCUCCGUCAGCAUGAUCGAGGGCGGCGGCGGCGGCGGGGGCGGGGAGGCCAAGUCGCUCUCGUCGCGCUACAAGACGGAGCUGUGCCGCACCUUCGAGGAAAGCGGCACCUGCAAGUACGGGGCCAAGUGCCAGUUUGCUCACGGCCCCGGGGAGCUGCGCGGGCUGAGCCGCCACCCCAAGUACAAGACGGAGCCUUGCCGCACCUUCCACACCUCCGGCCUCUGCCCCUACGGGGCCCGCUGCCACUUCAUCCACAACGCCGAGGAGCGCCGCCGCCCUCUGCCGCGACAUGCCCCGCUGCUCCACCACAGCCUCAGCUCGGGGGCCCACGCCGCGGAGGCCCUGCCCGCUGCCUCCCACCGCAGCCUCCGCCUCUCCGAGAGCUUCUUCCCAUGUGACGCCCCCGGCCGCCAGGCGCCUCUCGGCGGCUCACUCUGCAGCCUCUGUUCCGGCAAGGCUGCGCUGGCGUCGCCCGGCCCGCUGGCCUUCCCGGGCCUGCUGGUGCUUCAGAAGAGCCUCUCGGCCGACUCCCUCUCCGACCCGGAAGACUCCGGCAGCUCAGGAGGCAGCAGCAGCGGCUCCGAGUCCCCGGGCUUGGGCCCCCUGGGCCGUCGGCUCCCCAUCUUCAGCCGCCUGUCCGUUUCCGAGGACUGAAGGGGCCCGUUGGAUUUGGGCGGGGUGGUGGGAACAGCGAAGGCUGGAGACAGACGGGACCUCCUUGCUGAAGGAGGCACAAAGCCGUUGGCAAGGAGGGGGCUUCUCCCCACGUGCACCCUCCUCCCAGGUUCGCCUUUCGUAAACAGGUGCUGUAGGUUUGCAUUGCGUCGAAAGCCUGCAGGGCCUGUUGGAUCAGAGGCAGCCGUGAUGCAGAAGGCAUUGGGCCUGUGCGUGUGUGUGGGCCCACGGCGAGAAGUGAAACCUCUCUCCAACCACUUUCACUUCCCUCUCCGAAAUGACUGCCUGCCUCCAGCCUUUGACAGUACCUUGGUUUUCUGUUAGUAGAGUAGAAGGGAUGAAAGCAGCUUUGAAACUUUCUGGGGCUCAUUUCUGUGCUGUUCAGUACUGGGUAUAUUAUAGUUAAACACUGACAUUUCUCCAGCGAUUGAAUUAUGAGCUGACCAACCUCUAGGCUGUUGCUGCCAACGCUUUAUCCACCUGAGGAGUGAAUAGAGAUGGACAGACACCCAGAACAGUUAGGAACAUAGGAAGCUGCCAUAUGCUGAGUCAGACCCUUGGUCCAUCUCACUUAGGAUUGUCUACCCAGACUGGCAGCGGCUUCUCCAAGGUUGCAGGCAGGAAUCUCUCUCAGCUCUGUCUGGAGAUGCUGCCAAGAAGGGAACCUGGAACCUCAGAUGCUCUUCCCAGAGCAGCUCCAUCCCCUCAGGGGCAUAUCUUACAGUGCUUACACAGGUCUCUCAUUCAAAUGCAAACCAGGUUCCCCACAGAUGUUGGCCUGUGAUGGGAGUUGUGGUCCAACAGUUUGGGAACCACUGGCUUAGGGGAUUUCCAGGGAAAACGGGAAGUGACCAUGUCCAGUCUGUAUUAAAUUAAAAGAAAAAGAAAAAAACAAGCCCAGAACCUGUUUGUCCCAAUGUCGACACUCAGCGGUUUCCAAAAAGGGGAUGGAGAAAAUCUGUGCCCCACACCCACACUUCUCUUUUAAAGGGUACAACAUCCUCUGUUUAAAAAGCAUUAGGCAAAGGGUUCUCAAACUUGUGUCCCCAGAUGUCGUUGGACUACAACUUCCAUUAUCCCCAGCCACAUUGUGGAGUCCCAAGUGUGAGAAGCCCUGCAUCAGGCGAAGGGCAUGUCUUGCAAGAUUUCAGCUGUGGAUCUUUUAGUCUGCAAAACAUUUCCUGUUAUGUCUUGAAGCAGAUGCUUAGACUGCUGAUGGGCGCAGCUCAGGGGAGUCGAACUGACGAGAGAGAAACUGAAACCGUGUGAAGUCCCUCUGCUGGGGAGAAACUGGCCAGAGCAGAGGUCAAGGGCAUGUUUGAAGACCGGGCAGACUGCCCCAAGAGGCUUCCGACCUUGCCUUUGAGGCACGCAGUCGUGGAAAGAAUCUAUGUGUUUGAUUCGAAGGCAGAUUUCUGAAUGUCUCGGCAUCCUUCAGCUCCCAGGAUGGAGAGAGUGUGAAUUGGGGAUGGGGGCUGUGUUUUCUCAGGCCAAACACCCAAGUGCUACUUAAUGGGGAGGCGGGGGGGGCGGGGUGAGGGGUUGCAAGAGCAAAUGCCACUGUGUGGCAGCGGCUGCAACCAGGAUCUGGUAGAAGCCCCUGCUCACACAGAAGAGGGAAGCUUGGCCACUUGCCAGGAUUUCAGUAGUGCUAGCCCAAGGCUCCCCAAGCGUGGCACCUCAGAUGUGGUGGGGGGCUACAACUCCCACCAUCCCCUGCCACAGCGGCUGAAGGACACUGCAGCAGGGGGGUGAUGGGAGGUGUAGUCCAACCAGGCCUGUAAUUUUGUAGCAUGAUGCUGAAGAGAUGUGGAGGUGCUUUGGCCACACCUGGCUGCUUUGGAUGGAAACAAAAUGGCAGAGUCCGGUGCUCUUCUUCUCUCCCGAUGGCGAGGGUGUGACUCGUGAGAAAUGCCCAGAUCGCACCCUGCAGCAACCCCGAGUGUUUCAAGUGCGUUGUUCAGGCGGCCAACUUGGCAAUCAGGUCUUUGUUGGAUGGGCAGACUGAAGUGGGGAAGCCCAUCUGGUGGCCUCCUAGUCCUUUGGAGAGCAGGGGGGGGCGGGUUGGCUUUCCUUGCUGGGAUGGGCACAUUUUGUGACCCUGCUUCAAAGCAGGCCUUGCGGGAUGGAGGCGCCACACAGAAGCCUGCAGAACCACCUGUCCCGCCAGGCGUGAUCCUGAGCUGCCUUGGCUGUGUGCCAGCAGCAUUGCCUGCACUUCCGAAGUGGCCCUCGGCUCUUGUAAAGAAAACCAGGGUCUGUCUCGAGCCUUAAUCAGCCCCGCCUCCCCUUAUUCCCCACCCCGUCCUGAUAAACAGCCAGAGCACCUGUGCCCCCAGCAGCCCCUGCUCUGGGAUGCAAAGCUUUCCCCUUCUUUGAUGGGGAUGGGUUACCACCCAGGGUUUUCCCAGCAGCUGCAGCUCCACCUGACAAUUGGCCAGCCAGGCAGGAGAGAAAGUCACACUUUUGAAGUGUAGCUUUGCAGGGAAUUCUUCCUUUUUGUUUUGUUUUCCUUUGCAGGUUAGGGUGAUUUGGAUGGGAGAGAGAGAGAGAGAGAGAGAGAGAUCUCAGAUGCUAGUUCCCUUCCCAGACCCAGACCCAUUACUGUCGCACUUCUAGAGAGGACAGCAAGAGCUUAAUUGCAGAAGGGAGUGGAGCUCGUCCCCGCCUGGGAUCUUUGGGCAUUUGUGGCUGCAUUCAGACAGCACAGUCCUUAAUCUCAAUUUGUUAGCGCCAGUUUGUUCCAGGCACUUCCCCCCUGGAUGUUGAUGUGACAGAUAGAGCAGCAAAGUAAGUCACCUUAGACCUUUGGGAAUUCGCACAUGAAGAGAUACUUCAGAGCAUUGUACCUUGCUGUGCAUGCAGGAAUAUUUCACAGUCAACAUCAAUUAAUUUUCUCUUUUUCCUUUGAAAGGGCAAGUCUUCAAAAAGAACUUCUGAUUUGCCCUGGUGGUUACAAUAAAUAUGAGGCCUAUGGAACCCUCCAAUGUAACAGAGUCCAAACUUCUGGAUUCAGUGAAUUUAAAUCUUAUUCAGAGUAGUUCUGCAAAAUAACAGCCUGAAUUCUUAAUAUAUUGUAAGCUAUUUAUUGACUUAAAAAAAAACCAAACCAAACUUUAUUUCUGAUAUUUGGAACUGAUUUUGUUUUCUUUUAAUAGAAGUGUAUAAAUUGUUCAUAGUUUAUUAGCUGACUGUGGGGCGAGGGGAGCCAAAAUCUGCCUUAAUUUGCUUUGGGGUUUAAUAUACUGUAUUAACUUAUUGCUGGUCUUAUUUAUAGUCCUGUCUCUUUUGUUAAUGGAUUUCAAAGCGAAUCAACGUGACUUUGUAAAUGGGUUUGUGUCUCUACUUCAGCUUGUCCCAAGUGUAAUAAAGUUCCUUUCCUAAUGUU